AUCACCUCAUUGCCAUGAAAUUACAAGAGCCACUCUUCCAGGCCUUUAAUCGUCUAGGAUUCAAGCUCUUUGGCAUCAACCCCUUCAAUAAUAGAGUGGCCAAAUUGGUCCUGAUCUCCAAACUUGGGGUCGAAAACCUGGUAAUAGCCAUCCUACUUCUUUACCGGUUUCUUCUAAACCAUGUGGUACAAAUUCAUGACAAAAAGUUGAUUCAGAAGUUGGUUAUCACGUCCCUUGUGCUUUCCAACAAGCUCUACAAUGAUCAAAGUUAUACCUUCAAAACCUGGAUAAAUUUAAUCGAACUUCUGGGGAUUCCCAAUAUCGACAUGAAGAUGUUGAAGCAAUUGGAAAUAUUCUUUUUGAGCUGCCUCGACUACAAAUUGGACUAUAAGUUUAUUAUGGAAGACCACAAGUUUUGGAGCCAUUUAUGUGACAUUGACGUUGCCAGCACACAACUAUUCCGCAGCCGCAUGCUUGACGGUGCGUAUCAGACUUCGGUGGCGAUGGUAGACAGUCCUAUCGUGACACCCAUCACUCCUCAAGAUUCUCCCAGCGUGUACCAUUCACUGGUGAUGGGAGCCAUGGUUAUGGCCCCCUUGCUCGUGCCCUCAGGAAGCUUCACAUUUAACUUUGGCAAUUCCAAUGCGAACACUAAUACGAGCAAGCGUGCCAAGGUCGGAGUUACGACUCCUAACGAUUAUCAUGAUAUAUACCCUUCCUUCAAUAAUAUCCCAAUUGUACCACUAAUGGUUACAAUCAUGGGGGAAGAGGUAAUGCCCCAUUGCAUAUAACUUUUUAAAGUUUACGAAUUAUGACAGAAAUACAUCAAGAGCAUCUGGAUGCAAAUACCGCGAGAAAUCUGUAGGUAUGUGCGUAUAUGCAGGCGUGCUUUUCCUACCUUGUAUUAGAUAUGUGUACAGUUGAUCUCGCCCAAAAUGCGUACCUCUCUUAACCAAAUGUCGCAUUAUAAAAAGUAAGAAUUCAUAGGGCUUGUUUUAAAAAUUCGCCCAGAUAUAAAGAAAAUUUCACAAAUUAAUGGAAGGCAUUCCGUGCUCUAGUUGCUCAAAGUCUUGACUCACUUAUGAUAAGUUCACCAGUUUUCAAGAAAAAUGUAUAUUUGCUAUAUGAAAUUUACGCUUAGCGUUUUAGAAAAUUUGAAACAGAUAACAAAGGAUUCGCUACUUGAGCAGAAAAAGUUAGUACUAGAAAGAUAUAUUAGUCGCUUUGGAAAACAAUAUCAAUGCGGGCUGUCAAGUAAAUAAAUUCUUCUAACAACAUGAGACAAUUCGUACGUUAAAGAAAAUCAAUUCGUUUGAAGAAUUCACAAAAUUCAAAAGAAUGAAGAUACCAACAACAUGUUGUGUCAACAUUUUUUUGUUUCUUAACAGCUAGGCGUAAUUA